AUGUCAGCCUAUGAUUAUGACAUAGUGUACAGGAAAUCUGCUGAUCACACGAACUGUGAUUUUCUAUCGCGAUUACCGAUGAACACUAGUUAUAAAGAGGACGUUGACUUUGUUUCAUUUAUCACAGAUAUACCGUUGAAUGCCAAGGAUAUCGCGGAGGCUACACGAAAGAACCCUAUACUCAGUAAAGUGUAUGAGUACACACUUAAUGGAUGGCCAAAGUACGUGAAUGAUCCUGAUUUGAAACCAUACUUUUUCAGACGAAAUGAACUUUCAGUUGAUAAUGGAGUUAUUUUAUGGGAAUUACGAGUGGUCAUACCCGAACCGUAUAGAGAGCAGUUGCUUAGUAAAUUGCAUGAGGAACACAUGGGAAUGUGUAAAACUAUAGCUCUAGCGCGCAGUUAUUUACGGUGGAAUAACAUUGACUCAGAUAUCGAAAGAACGGUCAAAGGAUGUGCGACAUGCAUGUCAGUUCAAAAUUCACCAGCAACAGCACCACUACAUCCAUGGAAAUGGGCAACAAGGCCAUGGCAACGUAUCCACAUUGACUAUGCCGAAUUCAAACAACAAGUAUUUCUAGUUGUGACGGACAGUUAUUCUAAAUGGUUAGAAGUAAUUCCGAUGAAGCCAACAACAAGUGAGAAAACCACUGAAAAAUUACGUGGAUUGUUUUCUACAUGGGGUUUCCCAGAAGAAUUUGACUCUCCGGCUGUGUUAUUUUUGAAGAGCCAAUUAAGAAGCAGACUUACUUUGCUUAAACCGAAUAAAGAGUUGGAUAUUGAACAAAAACAGGAAAAUAUGGCGUCAAGUCAUGAUAGAAAUCGUAGUGUCAUGAGACAUUUCGUUGAAGGAGAUACCAUGUUGGUAAAAACAACUUUACCUGGCGGGAAAAAGUGGAAAUGGUUACCAGGAACGGUUACAAAGCAAAAGGGACCAGUAACAUAUUUAGUUAAAGUUGGGCCUAAAAUCAGAUACUGUCAUUUAAGGAAAAACGAAGCAAAUUUCCCACAAGAAGAUGAGAACUUGAACUCUGGAAUUCCAUUCAUAUUACCAACAGGACUUAAUAUCUCGGGAAGUAAAAAACGUGAGAAUAUUUCAGAUAGUGGACACUCUAAUCUGAAACCAGGAAUUCCUUCGGAAAGUGGAUCAAAGUAG